AUGAUGCCAACCAAUCAAGCAGCAUGGCUGGUCGGUCAACAAAUCCCCCUCGAAGUAAAACCAGCAUCAUAUGCACGGCCAGAUUCUAAGCAAAUCGUUGUGAAGAAUGCGGCGAUUGCUGUGAAUCCAAUCGACUGGGCGAAGCAGUUCGUGGGCGACAAGAAAUGGAAAUGGAUGACAUACCCUUGGAUCCUCGGCGAGGACGUCGCUGGCGAAGUUGUCGAGAUCGGGGACGAGAUCACUCGCUUCAAAGUCGGUGAUCGAGUGAUUGCACACGCUGUCGGCUUCUAUGUUUUCGGCAAUCGGGUAGAAGAGGGCUGCUUCCAGCUAUACACGAUCGUCCGCGAGAAUAUGACCGCCCCGAUUCCUGACUCGCUGUCCUUCGAGCAGGCCAGUGUCAUUCCGUUGGCUUGUUCGGCUGCAUCGUGUGCCUUGUACCAAGAGUCUUAUCUUCAAUUGCCGUACCCAUCCUAUCCACCACGCCCUUUGAAUGGGCAAUAUAUCUUGAUCACCGGCGGGGCAACCUCCGUUGGAUGCAAUGCUAUCCAACUUGCGCGGGCGAGUGGUUAUAAGGUCGUUACCACGUGCUCCCCGCACAACUUUCCUCUCGUCAAAAGGCUGGGGGCAGUGUACGCCUUUGAUUAUAACACGUCCACACUUGAAGAGGAUCUGCUCACGGUAUUGAGGGGAGUAGAAGUCGCUGGCGCGUUUGCCAUUGGGCCCGGGUCUGUGGAACUUUCAAUCAGUAUUUUGGGUCAACUCGGGGAUUCAUGUCGCAAAAUAGUCGCUAAGGCAAGUUUUCCUUGGCCAAAGGAUGACCCGGCAAAUGAGGAGGAAUAUUGGGAGUAUAUGAAGUGGGUGGAUGGUUGGAAUGAUAGGAUCAGCGAGAUGGGAUCGAAGAACGGAGUCACAACGAUUUUUGUUGAGGGUGCGGAGCUUGGUCGAAGUGAGUUGGGCAAGGUAAUCUAUCAAGACUUUCUCCCCGGUGCGCUGGCUGGAGGGGGUUAUGUUGCUGCACCUGAGCCCCAGGUCGUCGGGAAAGGAUUUGAAUAUGUUCAAGAGGCACUGGAUGUCCACAAAAGGGGAGUCAGUGCAAGGAAGGUUGUUGUAAGCUUGUAG